CCCUCCCGCCAGAUCAUUGACCUGGCUUGCAAAUUUUCCGAUUGCGUCCCAUUUGACGUGGCUUGGCCCCGAUUACAGACAGCACAAGCUCAACGUCGCAACCGAAACCCGAAGGCAUUAAACGAAGCCGCGGUCAAAUAUACGAGGAGACGCGCCACGUGGGUUCCAAUGGAUUUUAAACGUGCCAUGGAAGAAUCAGAUGUAUCUCAAUGCAAUGGGUCAAGCGACACCACCAUCCAAGGCGACCAUUCCAAGCAUGAGCAGCGCAGGACUCGCAUCAAGCUUCCUCGCACUGCGAGGUCUACCAAGCCAAGGCUUCAGAACACAGACUCCAAGAACGCCCAAACAUGCAUAUCGGCUGAGCUGCCUAAACAAGCUUCAUCAGGCCAACCACCGCACAGCGCAGCUCCCAAGACCAAACUCCCUCGAAAGAGAACCUUCUCCCACUCUUCUCUCGCAUCCUCACCCCCCGGGUCCCCCUCUAUCUAUGUCAAACAACGUUUCACCCCUACUCCAGGCGUCGUCACGACCGACGCUCCGUUCUCCGACGACGGCCUGGAACCCUGCCAAACACUCCAGGAAACUGCCAAACACUCAGAUACAGGCCAGACGAUCGAUGUCGACGAGGGUGCAGCAGACACACAGACGAAUGAGGUCAUUAUUAUUGGUGAUGAUGAUGAGGACAAUUGCUCGGAUAUCCAUGAACGGCAAGAAAUACCACCAGAUGCUCUAUGCACGCUCGCCCCAGACACCUGGCUGAACGACAAAGCCGUAUUCUUCACAUUAUUACUCAUUGUGAGAGCGGUGGCAGACACAUACAUCGUCAUUGACCCUAUAUUGUCUAAGCCCGAGUCAACCAGCCCUAUUCCCACUAAGCCACAUAUGACCGUCUUGGCCCCUAUCAACCUGCCCAACACGGCCCCCGUUGGCAUGCCCCGGAACGACCACUGGAUCCUCGCUGUCCUGUACGGAGCCGAAAACCGUGUUGAUGUAUACGAUUCGCUCAUAAAUCCGGACAAUACUAAAACGGUUCGCCUUUCUAUUGAGGGCUUGAUUCAUCGGCUUUUCCCCACAGCAGUAUUAUCGAACUGGAACAUCGAGAACCAACCAACGCCUUCACAGUCCAACUUCGAUGACUGUGGUGUCGUCGUUCUUGUUGUUGCGCUACAUCUCGUGUCCGGUCGGUCUCCACCAGCUCUACCUAUCAACGGGCAACUCUGGCGCCGCCUCUUCUCCGCCUUGCGCGAUGAAGGGGGUGACCCAGCCGCUUGGGUACAAGAAGAAAUCCGGCGUAGCUCAUUAGCAUUUUCUCUCUCAGUUCCCACAACAUCGCAACCGGAUUCAGUUUUGGAGUUCCUGGGCAAAUACCAAGCCCACCUUCAGAACACUUCACAGCAAUCAAGUCAACUAAAAGAUGUACAGGAGACAACUUCCCAGGCGGCCUCUAUGGCUAACAAGCUCCAUAUCUCUGCACUUCGCAGUAGAGAAACACUAAUGAGCCGAACUGCCAAAGUCGAAGAGAAUAUCUCAAUGCAAAAGGAAGAGCCGCUUCACUUUGCCAAGCUUCUCUCCCUGGACAAUCUCACUGAUCACAUAGGCCAGCAGAUACUAGAUCUCUCUCAACAACAGUUAACCAAGAUCCGUUGCUCUCAAAAUCAGUGUGCGGAGAGUGUUAACGCGCUAUCUUGCAUGAUGAAUUACGCCACUCACAUAAAUAAGGCGAUUCAAGUGCAUCUCAAACGACUUGAGGAGAUGAGGAGAAUAGGCGAUGGGCUGGAGGGACUGUUAGCAGGGGCUUCAGAACUUCCUCCUAGUUGAGUUAUCGCUAGUAAAUUGUAAUAGGAAAACCUCACACGGGCUCUUCUGCU